GACGAACAAUCACCCCUGCGGUGGCUGGUCUUGUGCACAGCUCACAGGGCAGCGAGCGAUGCCGGUGGAAAAUGAGCUGGUAGGAUGCACGCCCAUACGGAGUAACGUCUUGCCUAAGCAAGCAAGCACCCAUUUUCUUGAGACCCUCCAGUAGUCUCACCUUAAAUCAUCAGCCCAUGCCCACUCUCCUGCUGACACUGGAUUGACACCGACUCUUCCUUUUCUCCUCCGUUGUCAUCUUUUGUAUCUCUCGCUGAAUAAGAGACGUCCGCCCUUCUUGUCUCUUCGUUAUCGCAUUCUAGUGAAGAUAUAUACUUUUGCUUAUCGCCUAUCGAAAAAGGCCCGGCGCAUUCUCGAGUCCCUCCCAGCGAUCGCAAAGCGGGGUUCUCGCCCGACAGCCUUGAGUGCACGCCCAGCAGCACCAACUUAUUGGUUAGCCCUACGGAAGUCAAGGCGCAAUAAACCCAAAUCUUACCCCGUUCUCAGAGCCUCGUCAAGAUGGCUUAUCGAAGCCGAGAAGACCUGUACGAUGAGGAGGAUGAGCUGGAUAUCCGAGUACGACGUGGUCGUGCUUCUCCACAGCCGGUAGUCUACCCAGAACAUAGAUAUCGUCCAGCGCCUCGACCUUACUAUGAUCAGGGUACAAGUUACCUCGUUCCGGGAGUCAGCAGCGGUUUGACCACUGUUCGCAGAUCCAGAUCUACGAGCCGUCGCCGACCACUCACUCCUCCGUCUCCUGCCCUUGCGCCUGCUCCCGCGGCGCCGGUUAUCAUUAAUAAUCGCAUUUAUAAUGAUUAUGAGGACGAUGACUAUCUUGUGUCGCCUCGCCGUCACGAACGCGACCGCUCGAGAUCUCGUCCUGCCUCGUUCGUGUCUCCUCGCGACUCAAGAGAUGAUUGGGAGCUAGAGAGAGUUCGUCGAGAAUUAGACGAGGUCAAAUAUGAUCGCAAGCGAGACGAUUAUGAGGUCGAGAAAGCUCGUCGAGAGCUCGAAACAUACAAGCUCGCUCACAGUCGUGACGAGUACGAAGCAGAAAAGGCCAGGCGAGAAUUGGAGACGUACAAAGCUGCUCACAGCCGUGAUGAAUAUGAGGCAGAGAAACGAAAGAGGGAAUUGAACGCAUACAAAGCCGCUAGUCGCCGUGACGAGUAUGAGUCGGAGAGGAUAAGGAGGGAGCUGGAGGCAUAUCGCGUUGCCCACACCCGUGACGAAUACGAAGUCGAGAAGGCCAAGAGAGAGAUCGAGCUGUACCGACUGGAGAAGGAACGUCUUGACGAGGAGAAGCGAAUCAAGAAGCAGAUCUCCCAGACCAAGGAAGACCUCGAGCUGGAGGCAGCAAAGAAAGAGCUUCACGCAUACAAAGCCGAGAAGGAACGCAAGGCUGAGGAGGAGCGUAUUAAAAAGGAGAUGGAAAUGAAGAGACUAAUUGAGGAGAAGAAGGCUGCAGAUGAGAAGGCACGUGCCAAGAAGGAAGCCGAAGCCGCAAUUGAGAAAUACAAAAUUGAAAUGGCUGAGAAGGCAGCGAAGGAGAAGAAAGAGAAAGAAGAGAGGGAGAAAGAGUAUCAAAAGCGUAUGGAAGAGGACUUGCGCAAAUCCGGGAUGGACGAGCGACAAAUCGCCGUUGUGCUCAAGAAAGACAAGGGAGUGGAUCCUGCUCGUCCAACUUACACCAGGAUGUCUCGACGACAUCUUUCCAUCGAGACUUUGAACCGAUACAGGAUUGAUUAUGAAUUUGACCAGGAUCCUGAUUAUAUCUUGAUCAAACGAUGGGUUCCAGAAUACGAGCAAGAUUUCCUGUGGUCUCAUACUCGCGAAAUCAGAGAACGCAGAAGAGCAGAACCCAUUUUGAUGAUCGAAGAACGCAAAACGACGAAAUCCAGGCACCAUAAGCAUGAUGAUGAGCUUCAGCUUGUGAUUGAAAAGAAGAAGAAACACGAGAGAAAACCAUCUCCAUCUCCAAUUUUGCAAUGGGUCGCUGGUAGUAGCAGGCAUUGAUGACAUUUGUUACGGCAGAAUAUAGAAAACUUGGGGAUAUCUGGCUGGCUAGGAGUUCGCUGCGGGAUUGACGGCUGAGGAGGGCCUUUUAUGCUUUAUGAAUUGAAUACCCACUCAAUGAUAUAUUGAAAGGAAAAUGCGAU